AAUCACUUAUUUAUCUCAAUUCUCAACGUUAUCAUAUUGUCUAUAUAAGUAAAAAAUAUCAUCCAAGGUGAGAUAAGAGUAGGGGGUGGGUGUAGGGGGGCGGGGGGGUUAAGAACCAAAGUGAAACAAUCCCCUGCUUCAAGGACCACUUUGAUCACUUCUUCAAAAAAAUCUCCUCAUCAACUUCCUUCCCUCUCAUCUUCAACACACACAAAAAAAAAAUCCAUAAACACUUUGCUCUUCACCCCCCACCCCCACCCCACCCCUCUUCCUCUCAAAACUAUAAUAGAGUACCUUUUUCUUUACUAACACAAUGUCAAUUCUAACCAUGUCACUACCAAAACCCAAUCUUUUCUCCAAUCUCCCCACCACUCCACCCCCUACCCCCACCCCCCACGCCACCCCACCACCCAUCCCCAUCCCCAAAUACCCCAAAAAGAACCACCCCAUUUCCUCCAAACCCCCCCAAAAACCCGGCUCACCAAUCAAGAUUCAUCACAACAACUCCAAAUACCAUAAACCGGUACAGCCGGGUCAAGUCAUCACUUCCAACGGCGACCGUUCAGUCAUCGUUAACGAUAACGGAGUUUCAUAUCGACUCCCCGGUGCUCCAUUUGACUUCCAGUUCAGUUACUCCGAAACUCCGAAAGCUAAACCGGUUGCAAUUCGUGAACCGGCUUUUUUACCAUUUGCACCACCUACUAUGCCUAGACCGUGGACCGGUAAAGCACCAAUGAAGAAAUCGAAGAGGAAUAUUAAGCUCUUCGAGCCGUUGAAUUCUGAAUCAGAAAGUGGCGGUGGUGGUAAGCAUUAUGAAAUGCUGAAGGCGUAUCAGUUCGGGGUGUAUGAAGGAAGGAAGAAGGAGAAGGUUUUGGGUGCUCCGUUGACGAAGGAGGAAAUAAGGGAGCUUUUGAAACAUUGUAUAGCUAGUAAUCGACAGGUUAAUAUUGGUCGGGAUGGAUUGGUACAUAACAUGUUAGAGUUAAUACAUACCCACUGGAGAAGGAAUGCUGUUUGUAAAGUUCGAUGCUUAGGUGUUCCCACUGUUGAUAUGAACAACCUAUGCCAAUGCCUCGAGGAGAAGACGGGCGGAAAGAUCAUUCAUAGAGUGGGUGGUGUAGUUUAUCUCUUUCGCGGAAGGAACUACAAUCAGCAUACACGUCCAAAGUACCCGCUGAUGUUAUGGAAACCAGCUACACCAGUUUACCCAAAGCUUAUACAGGAAGCUCCAGAAGGACUGACCAAAGAAGAGGCUGAUGAAUUACGAAUCAAGGGAAAGAAGCUACCCCCUAUCUGUAAAUUGGCGAAAAACGGAGUCUACCUUACACUAGUGAGAGACGUGAGAAGUGCAUUUGAAGCUUGUCCACUGGUGAAGAUUGAUUGCCGGGGGAUGCAUGCAAGUGAUUAUAAGAAGCUAGGAGCUAAGUUAAAGGAGUUGGUGCCGUGUGUGCUGUUGUCAUUUGAUGAUGAACAGAUAUUGAUGUGGAGAGGAAAAGACUGGAAACCUAUGUACGGAAAUGCCCCUCCGGUUGAGUCCUCCAGGAUUGGGGGUGUCACAAAUGAAAUCAAUUCUUCAGAACGUUCAGGCACUGCCAAAGAUUAUUCCAAAGCUGACACCAAAACACGGAGCUCAAGCCCUAAAAUGAUGUCCCUGUGGAAGAAUGCAAUCGAUUCAGGCAAGGCAUUAUUGCUAGACGACAUUGAUCUAAAACCUGACGAUCUCUUGAACAAGGUAGAGGAAUUCGACAGCAUUUCCCAGGCCAUAGAGCACACAUAUCCCGCCCUGGUUUUGCCCAGUAAACAUGUCCCCGAACAGUCAAAACUGACAUGGAAAGGCAGCUCCGAUAAUGACUAUGACAGCGAUAGCGACGAUGAGAUGAGUGAUGACGAUUAUCAUGAAGAUAAAUAUUACAUUAACAACUCAUUUGAAGCAUUAGAGUCAUCAGUUCCUAAAGGAUUAUUACCUGUUGACUUAAUAAUACAGGAGUUCAGUGAUGAUGAGUAACGUUGUGUAUAAUACACUCUUGUGGUGGGGCCCUUCCUUGGAUCCUACGCAUAACAGGAGCUUUAGCGCACCGAACUGCCUUUUUUAGUGAUGAUGAGUAAAUAAGUUGGAAAGAAAAUGCAUUAGGAAACAAUGUACCCAAUAUAGAAAGUCUUGUUUUUUAUUUUUCAUGUUUAUUUAAUACUUUUGUCUGUACAUUUGUAGCAUGUAUAAUGUAUGAAAUUACUAAGUUGAAAAUAGUAAAAUUGCAUUCAUGUAAAA